AUGGGAGCAUGGAGGGAGGGGAAGCAUGGAGGGAAUGGGAGCAUGGAGGGAAUGGGAGCAUGGAGGGAGGGGGAGCAUGGAGGGAGGGGGAGCAUGGAGGGAGGGGGAGCAUGGAGGGACUGGGAAGCAUGGAGGGACUGGGAAGCAUGGAGGGAGGGGAAGCAUGGGAAGAGUGGGAUGGGAGGAGUGGGAUGGGAGGAGUGGGAUGGGAGGAGUGGGAUGGGAGGAGUGGGAUGGGAGGAGUGGGAUGGGAGGAGUGGGAUGGGAGGAGUGGGAUGGGAGGAGUGGGAUGGGAGGAGUGGGAUGGGAGGAGUGGGAUGGGAGGAGUGGGAUGGGAGGAGUGGGAUGGGAGGAGUGGGAUGGGAGGAGUGGGAUGGGAGGAGUGGGAUGGGAGGAGUGGGAUGGGAGGAGUGGGAUGGGAGGAGUGGGAUGGGAGGAGUGGGAUGGGAGGAGUGGGAUGGGAGGAGUGGGAUGGGAGGAGUGGGAUGGGAGGAGUGGGAUGGGAGGAGUGGGAUGGGAGGAGUGGGAUGGGAGGAGUGGGAUGGGAGGAGUGGGAUGGGAGGAGUGGGAUGGGAGGAGUGGGAUGGGAGGAGUGGGAUGGGAGGAGUGGGAUGGGAGGAGUGGGAUGGGAGGAGUGGGAUGGGAGGAGUGGGAUGGGAGGAGUGGGAUGGGAGGAGUGGGAUGGGAGGAGUGGGAUGGGAGGAGUGGGAUGGGAGGAGUGGGAUGGGAGGAGUGGGAUGGGAGGAGUGGGAUGGGAGGAGUGGGAUGGGAGGAGUGGGAUGGGAGGAGUGGGAUGGGAGGAGUGGGAUGGGAGGAGUGGGAUGGGAGGAGUGGGAUGGGAGGAGUGGGAUGGGAGGAGUGGGAUGGGAGGAGUGGGAUGGGAGGAGUGGGAUGGGAGGAGUGGGAUGGGAGGAGUGGGAUGGGAGGAGUGGGAUGGGAGGAGUGGGAUGGGAGGAGUGGGAUGGGAGGAGUGGGAUGGGAGGAGUGGGAUGGGAGGAGUGGGAUGGGAGGAGUGGGAUGGGAGGAGUGGGAUGGGAGGAGUGGGAUGGGAGGAGUGGGAUGGGAGGAGUGGGAUGGGAGGAGUGGGAUGGGAGGAGUGGGAUGGGAGGAGUGGGAUGGGAGGAGUGGGAUGGGAGGAGUGGGAUGGGAGGAGUGGGAUGGGAGGAGUGGGAUGGGAGGAGUGGGAUGGGAGGAGUGGGAUGGGAGGAGUGGGAUGGGAGGAGUGGGAUGGGAGGAGUGGGAUGGGAGGAGUGGGAUGGGAGGAGUGGGAUGGGAGGAGUGGGAUGGGAGGAGUGGGAUGGGAGGAGUGGGAUGGGCGGAGUGGGAUGGGAGGAGUGGGAGGAGGAGUGGGAUGGGAGGAGUGGGAUGGGAGGAGUGGGAUGGGAGGAGUGGGAUGGGAGGAGUGGGAUGGGAGGAGUGGGAUGGGAGGAGUGGGAUGGGAGGAGUGGGAUGGGAGGAGUGGGAUGGGAGGAGUGGGAUGGGAGGAGUGGGAUGGGAGGAGUGGGAUGGGAGGAGUGGGAUGGGAGGAGUGGGAUGGGAGGAGUGGGAUGGGAGGAGUGGGAUGGGAGGAGUGGGAUGGGAGGAGUGGGAUGGGAGGAGUGGGAUGGGAGGAGUGGGAUGGGAGGAGUGGGAUGGGAGGAGUGGGAUGGGAGGAGUGGGAUGGGAGGAGUGGGAUGGGAGGAGUGGGAUGGGAGGAGUGGGAUGGGAGGAGUGGGAUGGGAGGAGUGGGAUGGGAGGAGUGGGAUGGGAGGAGUGGGAUGGGAGGAGUGGGAUGGGAGGAGAGGGAUGGGAGGAGAGGGAUGGGAGGAGAGGGAUGGGAGGAGAGGGAUGGGAGGGAGGGAUGGGAGGAGAGGGAUGGGAGGAGCGGGAUGGGAGGAGAGGGAUGGGAGGAGAGGGAUGGGAGGAGCGGGAUGGGAGGAGCGGGAUGGGAGGAGCGGGAUGGGAGGAGCGGGAUGGGAGGAGCGGGAUGGGAGGGAGGGAUGGGAGGAGCGGGAUGGGAGGAGCGGGAUGGGAGGAGCGGGAUGGGAGGAGCGGGAUGGGAGGAGCGGGAUGGGAGGAGCGGGAUGGGAGGAGCGGGAUGGGAGGAGCGGGAUGGGAGGAGCGGGAUGGGAGGAGCGGGAUGGGAGGAGCGGGAUGGGAGGAGCGGGAUGGGAGGAGCGGGAUGGGAGGAGCGGGAUGGGAGGAGCGGGAUGGGAGGAGCGGGAUGGGAGGAGCGGGAUGGGAGGAGCGGGAUGGGAGGAGCGGGAUGGGAGGAGCGGGAUGGGAGGAGCGGGAUGGGAGGAGCGGGAUGGGAGGAGCGGGAUGGGAGGAGCGGGAUGGGAGGAGCGGGAUGGGAGGAGCGGGAUGGGAGGAGCGGGAUGGGAGGAGCGGGAUGGGAGGAGCGGGAUGGGAGGAGCGGGAUGGGAGGAGCGGGAUGGGAGGAGCGGGAUGGGAGGAGCGGGAUGGGAGGAGCGGGAUGGGAGGAGCGGGAUGGGAGGAGCGGGAUGGGAGGAGCGGGAUGGGAGGAGCGGGAUGGGAGGAGCGGGAUGGGAGGAGCGGGAUGGGAGGAGCGGGAUGGGAGGAGCGGGAUGGGAGGAGCGGGAUGGGAGGAGCGGGAUGGGAGGAGCGGGAUGGGAGGAGCGGGAUGGGAGGAGCGGGAUGGGAGGAGCGGGAUGGGAGGAGCGGGAUGGGAGGAGCGGGAUGGGAGGAGCGGGAUGGGAGGAGCGGGAUGGGAGGAGCGGGAUGGGAGGAGCGGGAUGGGAGGAGCGGGAUGGGAGGAGCGGGAUGGGAGGAGCGGGAUGGGAGGAGCGGGAUGGGAGGAGCGGGAUGGGAGGAGCGGGAUGGGAGGAGCGGGAUGGGAGGAGCGGGAUGGGAGGAGCGGGAUGGGAGGAGCGGGAUGGGAGGAGCGGGAUGGGAGGAGCGGGAUGGGAGGAGCGGGAUGGGAGGAGCGGGAUGGGAGGAGCGGGAUGGGAGGAGCGGGAUGGGAGGAGCGGGAUGGGAGGAGCGGGAUGGGAGGAGCGGGAUGGGAGGAGCGGGAUGGGAGGAGCGGGAUGGGAGGAGCGGGAUGGGAGGAGCGGGAUGGGAGGAGCGGGAUGGGAGGAGCGGGAUGGGAGGAGCGGGAUGGGAGGAGCGGGAUGGGAGGAGCGGGAUGGGAGGAGCGGGAUGGGAGGAGCGGGAUGGGAGGAGCGGGAUGGGAGGAGCGGGAUGGGAGGAGCGGGAUGGGAGGAGCGGGAUGGGAGGAGCGGGAUGGGAGGAGCGGGAUGGGAGGAGCGGGAUGGGAGGAGCGGGAUGGGAGGAGCGGGAUGGGAGGAGCGGGAUGGGAGGAGGGGGAUGGGAGGAGGGGGAUGGGAGGAGGGGGAUGGGAGGAGGGGAUGGGAGGAGCGGGAUGGGAGGAGCGGGAUGGGAGGAGCGGGAUGGGAGGAGCGGGAUGGGAGGAGCGGGAUGGGAGGAGCGGGAUGGGAGGAGCGGGAUGGGAGGAGCGGGAUGGGAGGAGCGGGAUGGGAGGAGCGGGAUGGGAGGAGCGGGAUGGGAGGAGCGGGAUGGGAGGAGCGGGAUGGGAGGAGCGGGAUGGGAGGAGCGGGAUGGGAGGAGCGGGAUGGGAGGAGCGGGAUGGGAGGAGCGGGAUGGGAGGAGCGGGAUGGGAGGAGCGGGAUGGGAGGAGCGGGAUGGGAGGAGCGGGAUGGGAGGAGCGGGAUGGGAGGAGCGGGAUGGGAGGAGCGGGAUGGGAGGAGCGGGAUGGGAGGAGCGGGAUGGGAGGAGCGGGAUGGGAGGAGCGGGAUGGGAGGAGCGGGAUGGGAGGAGCGGGAUGGGAGGAGCGGGAUGGGAGGAGCGGGAUGGGAGGAGCGGGAUGGGAGGAGCGGGAUGGGAGGAGCGGGAUGGGAGGAGCGGGAUGGGAGGAGCGGGAUGGGAGGAGCGGGAUGGGAGGAGCGGGAUGGGAGGAGCGGGAUGGGAGGAGCGGGAUGGGAGGAGCGGGAUGGGAGGAGCGGGAUGGGAGGAGCGGGAUGGGAGGAGCGGGAUGGGAGGAGCGGGAUGGGAGGAGCGGGAUGGGAGGAGCGGGAUGGGAGGAGCGGGAUGGGAGGAGCGGGAUGGGAGGAGCGGGAUGGGAGGAGCGGGAUGGGAGGAGCGGGAUGGGAGGAGCGGGAUGGGAGGAGCGGGAUGGGAGGAGCGGGAUGGGAGGAGCGGGAUGGGAGGAGCGGGAUGGGAGGAGCGGGAUGGGAGGAGCGGGAUGGGAGGAGCGGGAUGGGAGGAGCGGGAUGGGAGGAGCGGGAUGGGAGGAGCGGGAUGGGAGGAGCGGGAUGGGAGGAGCGGGAUGGGAGGAGCGGGAUGGGAGGAGCGGGAUGGGAGGAGCGGGAUGGGAGGAGUGGGAUGGGAGGAGUGGGAUGGGAGGAGUGGGAUGGGAGGAGUGGGAUGGGAGGAGUGGGAUGGGAGGAGUGGGAUGGGAGGAGUGGGAUGGGAGGAGUGGGAUGGGAGGAGUGGGAUGGGAGGAGUGGGAUGGGAGGAGUGGGAUGGGAGGAGUGGGAUGGGAGGAGUGGGAUGGGAGGAGUGGGAUGGGAGGAGUGGGAUGGGAGGAGUGGGAUGGGAGGAGUGGGAUGGGAGGAGUGGGAUGGGAGGAGUGGGAUGGGAGGAGUGGGAUGGGAGGAGUGGGAUGGGAGGAGUGGGAUGGGAGGAGUGGGAUGGGAGGAGUGGGAUGGGAGGAGUGGGAUGGGAGGAGUGGGAUGGGAGGAGUGGGAUGGGAGGAGUGGGAUGGGAGGAGUGGGAUGGGAGGAGUGGGAUGGGAGGAGUGGGAUGGGAGGAGUGGGAUGGGAGGAGUGGGAUGGGAGGAGUGGGAUGGGAGGAGUGGGAUGGGAGGAGUGGGAUGGGAGGAGUGGGAUGGGAGGAGUGGGAUGGGAGGAGUGGGAUGGGAGGAGUGGGAUGGGAGGAGUGGGAUGGGAGGAGUGGGAUGGGAGGAGUGGGAUGGGAGGAGUGGGAUGGGAGGAGGGGGAUGGGAGGAGGGGAUGGGAGGAGUGGGAUGGGAGGAGUGGGAUGGGAGGAGUGGGAUGGGAGGAGUGGGAUGGGAGGAGUGGGAUGGGAGGAGUGGGAUGGGAGGAGUGGGAUGGGAGGAGUGGGAUGGGAGGAGUGGGAUGGGAGGAGUGGGAUGGGAGGAGUGGGAUGGGAGGAGUGGGAUGGGAGGAGUGGGAUGGGAGGAGUGGGAUGGGAGGAGUGGGAUGGGAGGAGUGGGAUGGGAGGAGUGGGAUGGGAGGAGUGGGAUGGGAGGAGUGGGAUGGGAGGAGUGGGAUGGGAGGAGUGGGAUGGGAGGAGUGGGAUGGGAGGAGUGGGAUGGGAGGAGUGGGAUGGGAGGAGUGGGAUGGUAGGAGUGGGAUGGUAGGAGUGGGAUGGGAGGAGUGGGAUGGGAGGAGUGGGAUGGGAGGAGUGGGAUGGGAGGAGUGGGAUGGGAGGAGUGGGAUGGGAGGAGUGGGAUGGGAGGAGUGGGAUGGGAGGAGUGGGAUGGGAGGAGUGGGAAUGGGAGGAGUGGGAUGGGAGGAGUGGGAUGGGAGGAGUGGGAUGGGAGGAGUGGGAUGGGAGGAGUGGAAUGGGAGGAGUGGAAUGGGAGGAGUGGAAUGGGAGGAGUGGAAUGGGAGGAGUGGGAUGGGAGGAGUGGGAUGGGAGGAGUGGGAUGGGAGGAGUGGGAUGGGAGGAGUGGGAUGGGAGGAGUGGGAUGGGAGGAGUGGGAUGGGAGGAGUGGGAUGGGAGGAGUGGGAUGGGAGGAGUGGAAUGGGAGGAGUGGGAUGGGAGGAGUGGGAUGGGAGGAGUGGAAUGGGAGGAGUGGGAUGGGAGGAGUGGAAUGGGAGGAGUGGGAUGGGAGGAGUGGAAUGGGAGGAGUGGAAUGGGAGGAGUGGAACAAUAAACAGACCUUCAAACAUCUUGAGUCUGGACACCGGGCGCAUGGGAGGGAGCAGGACAAAGAGCGCAGAGCAGCAUAUCGGAUCUGGUGAGACGCAUGGGCAAAACCCACAUGGGGUGAUACGGCAUGUGUUGGUACGGCAUGGGGUGAUACGAUAUGGGGCGAUACGAUAUGGGGCGAUACGAUAUGGGGCGAUACGGCAUGGGGCGAUACGGCAUGGGGCGAUACGAUAUGGGGCGAUACGAUAUGGGGCGAUACGAUAUGGGGCGAUACGAUAUGGGGCGAUACGAUAUGGGGCGGCGAUGCGGCAUGGGGCGAUGCGGCAUGGGGCGAUGCGGCAUGGGGCGAUGCGGCAUGGGGCGGCGAUGCAGUGUGGGGCGAUGGCAUGGGGCGAUCAAAUGGAUGCCGCUAUCGACAUCAAACGCUGUUGA